UCAAACAAGUCAUUGGAGAAUUCCACCCUCCCACCAUAGACCCUAGCGCAUAGCAUCGACAGCUAGCUCUGCCAUGAGCAGGCCUUCCGUUGCUUCAUCCUCCAGCAGAUCGUUGGCUACCACCUCAUACCGGUCAUCGUCGGCGGCGCAAUCGGCUGCCAUCACCCUAGGGACGCGCCUGCGGCCGCCGACCCUCACCGGAGCAGUCUUCCAUCGUCAACCUGCAUCCUUUCUUCCAUCUUGGUCUCUCUCGAGGUCUGUUGAUGGCAGCGUAGGAGGCCUGCAGAGUGCCGGGAGGAGCUGGCCACCGCCGUGUCCUUGGACGACGCCGUCCUCGUCGAUUUACUACCCCACUUCAAGAUCACAUUAUCCAACCUAUGCCAACGGUGCCAUGACAUGGCCAUCGUCCUCCGCGUCUCAAGGCACGGACGCGGCUACAUCCACCCGGUUCCAGCCAGAGGAUCCAUCCUUAUAUUGCUACAGCGAAUACUCUACUCCUAAAUCAUCUGCUCCACCGUCCGUCGACGGUGUCACGGCGACGAUUCCCUCCCGUUGGUCCUCCACCGCCACCACCAGCCACCAUGAGAGCGCUCAGCCGACCGGCGGUGGAAGCAGCCUGAGGCCGUGGGGUAGCAACGUGGCAAGGGUAGGGCCUGAUAACCGCAGGUACAUGUACGGCCAUCCGGCGGUGGCCGCCGUCGACCCAGCAGUGAAAAUCGCUCCACAGGCAGUCCAUCCCCAGCUACUACCAGCUGCUAUGAGGAACACAUUACCAAACCAAGGUUAUUCCAGUUAUGUUUUCAUGGAAUCUGCGGAUCCCACCCGUUUCGGUUUCGAUCACCAGAUCAUGCCAAAUAUAACAAAGGCAACUACACAGACAGAGAUGAGAGGUCGACGUCGUGUGUCCCGGCGGUGGUGUCCGUUCAUGUGUUGGGGUUGCGAGGUGAGCUGUUGACGACGUGACCUCCAUUUCUCCGUGUGUGUGUGUGUGUGUGUGCGUGCCUGUGCUUGUAUUCUCUAUGUGGUAUUUGCCAUCCAGGAUAUACUUUUCCUCAGCGUUGUUAUAUUACUGAAUGAAUACUGGUUGUUCUGGAAAAUAAAUACAUGAUCAGUUUGAGUUCU